AUGGGCCGCCCUCGGACUGGGUGGUUUCAGAUGCUUUCAGCCGCAUCCACGGCACCUGUUCAACGCGUCUCUGUUGAUCGGACGGCUCUUCGUGAACUGACGGAUGCCGCAAUGAAAGUCAAAACCGUCCUCCUCUUCUGGCAAUACCUUGUCUGGUACCUUACCGGACGGCCCGCCGACAUCGUAGUCGGCAUCAUCAGCAAGCCUUGA